AUGGAUGUAGUUGCCUCGAAGGGAAUACGUCUCUACACUACGAUCAAAGAUUGCCCGAAAGAGAUCAAGAUACUAGUGGACGAAGUUGAUGGCCCUUGUGGGUUAUUGGGUACACUCAAGCGCCGGUAUGGCGCACUUAUGGGUUCACAGAACACUGCAGGAUUCAGCGUUCACUCCAAAUCUCUCUUACAAGGCUGUGAGGAGACCCUAGAUAUGAUAGAUCGUAUCCUUACAAAGUCGGAAGCAAGGACAGGGGAGACUUGGGCGAAUAUGGUAAAAAGGGUAAAGUGGAAAUACAGGAAGGAGGACGCACUUGAGCUUUUGGAAAGAGUGGAGAGACAUAAGAGUAGCUUUCAACUGGCCCUCUCGCUGGAUAGGAUGGAAACCCUGCAGGAGCUACUCGCUGGAAAUAGUACUAUUUCUCAGCACAUAUUGGAGAGUAAAGGCGAGACAAUCCAAGAGAUAGAAAGAUCAAAAAGAGAGCUCCUAUCCGAGUUGAAACAAAUGGACAAUCGCCAGGCAGGUACUCGGAUAAGCAAUGAGCAGAAAGAGAAAGAUAAACGCCGCCUCGAAGUGCUAAGUUGGCUAUCGCCGGUCGACUUCAGGGGAAAACACAACGAAGUCAAGCGACAUAGGUAUGAGGACACGGGAAAUUGGUUCUUGAAAACUGGUGUGGGGAAAACAUUUAUAACGUCGAAGAUAGUGGACCAUCUAGAAUCACUUUUCCCAGAUGUACAUGGGGAUGUUGCCAUUGCCUAUGUUUACUGCGAGUUCAAACAACGUGUCACCCAGACCUCAGAGUUAAUAUUUGCUUCCAUUCUACAGCAAUUGGCAUAUCGUCAGCCAAAUCUGGAUCCUGAGAUAGAUGUUCUAUACAAGAAUAGGAAUUCUCCGCGCCCUCCCGUAGAAAUGCUAAUUUCAGCAAUUCUGUCUAUAUCGCGAAAUUUCAACGCCGUAUAUAUAGUUUUUGAUGCCUUGGACGAGUGCGAUGAGAAGAAUCAGAGAAAGGAUAUUCUCACCUAUCUCCAGGGAUUUUUAAGGGCACCCUUCAAAAUCCUCGCUACAAGUCGGCCUCAUCCUUUAGAUAUUACCGCUGCCUUUAAGGGCGCGGCCAAGGCAACUAUUCGUGCACAUGAUGACGAUAUUGAAUGUUACGUGAGGCAAAGAAUAAAGCAAGAGCUAUCGACUGGGAUCACGAUUAAGCGGGAAUUAACUGAAAUUAUAGUCAGGCAAAUUACUUCUAAAGCAGAAGGAAUAUUUCUGCUUGCCAAGUUUCAUAUUGAGUAUAUCCUCAGCAAAUUAACAGCAAGAGAUAAGCGGAAGGCUGCUAUAAGUCUUACUUCAGACCUUACAGUCGUCUACGGAGCAAUUAUGGCCACUAUCGAAGAAAAACAGGAAUCCCGCGAACUUUCACUUAAGAUAUUAAAGUGGAUUAGUGCUGCAACGCGGCCACUUCAGUUUCAGGAACUACAGAUAGCGAUCUCAAUAGAGGAUGGCGAUGCUGAGAUAGACGAGGAGGGUUUUCUGGAUGCAAAGACUAUGGUAGAUCUUUGUGGGGGAUUAAUCGCUAUUGAGCAGGAGACCGGCGCAGUCCGCUUUGUCCAUCAUACAGUCCAAGAAUAUGUUCUUUCCAAUUCUAGCAUUUCCAACGAUUCCCAUUUACUCAUCACCAAAACAUGCCUUACAUACCUGUCAUUGGAGACCCGUCAUCGAAAACUAUUCGAUCGAACACUGGCUAGAAUCAAGGGAUGGUGCUCCAUAGAUGAGCGACAUUUUUGGGAUUAUGCAGCCUGUAACUGGGCGUUUCAUAUGCGAACCAUAGGUGAACCUAAAGAUCUUUCUAUAAGAGUACUGGCAAUGCUCGCGUCUCCAGAUUUGCUCUAUGCAUUAGCACGAACCAUAUGGUAUUCCUGGGAUGCUAAUUGGCUAGAGAAGGAUUAUCAGAGUCUCCCCCUACAUAUUUUUGCUGUUUCGGGCUUGAAUCGUCUAGUCCAGUUGGCACUCAAAGAUUCUAGGCUGAGUAUCGAUCUUAGGGGUUUUUGUGAUGGGAUAUUGCCACCAUCAAGAGCGGAUUUUAAAGAUGCAUUCGGCCAGACCCCGCUAGCAUUGGCAUCUAGGGAAGGGCAUGAGGCAGUGGUUCAUUAUCUAGCCGGGCGGGAAGAUGUCAAUCCGGACUCAAAAGACGGAUAUGACCGGACACCGUUAGCAUUAGCGGCUAAGGGUGGACAUGAGGCAGUGGUCCGUUUCCUGGCCGAGCGUAUAGGCGUUGAAGUGGACUCCAGAGAUAGAUAUGACCGGACACCUCUAUCAUUGGCAGCUGAAAAGGGCCAUGAAGCAGUGGUCCGGUUCCUAGCCGAACGGACAGACGUUGACGCGGAUUCGAGAGAUAUUCAUGGACAAACGCCGCUGUCAUUGGCGGCUCAGAAUGGACACGAGGCAGUGGUCCGUUUUUUGGCCGAUCGAGUAGAUGUCGAUGCAGACUCUAGAGAUAUACAUGGAGACACACCGCUAUCAUUAGCGGCUGGAAGAGGGCAAGAGGUAGUGGCCCGCUACCUGGCCGACCGAACAGACGUCGACGCGGACUCGAAAAAUGAAGAUGGCCGGACACCCCUAUCAUGGGCGGCUAUGAAUGGACAUGAAAUAGUGGUUCAUCUUCUGGACAACCGGACAGACGUUGAUGCAGACUGGAAAGAUUUUUAUGGCCAAACCCCACUAUCAUGGGCGGCAGAGAAUGGGCACGAGGCAGUGGUAUGUUUUCUGGCAGAGCGGGCAGACAUCGUAGCGGACUCGGCAGACAACACUGGUUGGACACCGCUUUUGUUUGCAGCUGCACAUGGACAUCUGGCUGUUGUUCGUUUCCUGGUGGAGCGAGCAGACGUCAGUGUAAACUCGAAGGAUACUUGUGAGGAUCAUACGAGUAAGAAACUGUUAUCAUUUUAA